AUGACUCUGAGGACUCUUCGUCAUGUACUAGACAUCAAUCCACACUGUGACAAUGGUAUGAGAUCCCAGGCCAGCUAUGAAGAGUGUGAAGCAGUUGAAUGUGCAUGCCCCAAACUUCCCAACCCAGGGUGGGUGCGAAUCACACAAGGCAAGUACAAAGGUGACAUAGACUAUGCCUACGAUUCCAAGCAGUCAAACAAUUUUGUUGCAGUCUUGAUCCCCCCACAGGACUUCCCCUAUCCUACAGUAUCUGACAUUCUUCAUGAUGGGGAAGUCAUCGGAUGCUUGUACAAAGGAGAACAAUAUUACAUGGGGCUAUUGCUCAAAAGAUUUUGGCAGGAUGGCCUAGAGAUUGUUGUCACCCCUCAUCCCGACUACAUUCGGCUGCACCUGCAAUCUGGAUGGAACACACACUUUGUCAAGGCCACUGAAUUGGCAUUCUCUAUGCAAUUUCUAUGCAUUGGUGAUGAGGCCAGGGUCAUCACUGGAGAGGAUGUAGAGUGCAUGUUUUGGCUUGGUUUGGAAGGUCACAUCAUUCAAAUGUGCAAUGAUGUAUUUCAUCUUUGUCAAGAGUUGACCAAGGAAGAGGUCAAAGUUUCCAAGUAUUACUUGGAUUGUCAUCCUCUGAUGCAUGCACUGCAAUCACAGCUGCCAACACAGCAACUCUCACUGGUGAUGAUUGAAGUUCCUUUGGCAUGGGUUCAGUGGAUGUACCUCACCCCAACAAUAAAAUACACAAAGGACAAGGGAUAUGAUGUCAGGCCUGGAGACUUUGUGAAAGUCAUUCAUGGGCCAGAACAUCAGAUGACAGGGGUCAUUCACAGCAUUGACUUUCCAACAGCUUGCCUGACCCUCCUAUCUCAGACUGACAAAUCACUUAUCAACAUUCCCAUAAGGUUCAUGGUGAAGAUGCACAACGCAAGUUUGGAUACUUUUAAGAACAUCAUUGGUAAAGAAGUGUUCAUCAUCAGAGGUGAGCUGCACCACAUAUUUUUGCAGUGA